UAUAAACUCAGAACUACCCUGACAAUAAAAAAAAGUUAUAAUUUUAGUACUUAUUGUAUGUGUAUAUAUAUAAUUAGAUAAUAAAACGGAAAGUAUAUUUGUAUACUGUUACAAUUUAAAAUAGUUAAGUUUUUUCCACAUUAUAAUUUUGUUAAAGGUUAUGAUGUCAAGUAACGAAGACUAUUUUACAUUGGAUGAAAUAAACAAUGCACUGGAGUUACUGGACAAAGAUGAAAUUUCUUCAAGAAAACGUUUGGAAACGUUUACUAAUCAAUGGCCCACUGUCAUAAAGGAGGUUGACUCUGUCUCUAAAAAAUUUAGUUCCUUAAUAUCAAUUAAAGAAAAUUUAUCUCAAAUUCAAAUUAGAAUUCACGAUUCUUCUAAACUAGCAGAGGAUAUAUCGUCCAAAGUCCGACAGUUAGACAAAAUACGUGGACGUGUAUCAGAAUGCCAAAAACGAGUUCAAGAUUUAUUAGACCUACAGUUAUGUAGCGAAGGUGUUCAGAUUGCAAUGAAAAACGAUGAAUUAGAACAAGCCGCUGGACAUAUACAUCGCUAUUUGUCAAUCGACCAAACAAAAUUACAGCGCACAGCAGACGAUAUGGCUCAAGAUUGUUCAAUGAUUACAAAUGCUCUUAAACACUUGCAGGAAGCUUUAGAGCUCCUUCAGGACACCGUAUCUAAAAGGUUUGAGCACGCGUCUUUGGUCCAAGACACGAAUUCUAUAGAAAGGUACUUUAAAAUAUUUCCACUACUCGGAAUGCACGAAGUGGGUUUGGAAAAAUUUGUCGACUACUUGGGGCGGUUAUUAAAAGUGUCGACGGACCGAAAUUUAAAAAAUGUCAUGGACACACCAUUGUCAAGCAACCGUGCCAGCGUUAUUUUCGCGGACGGGCUGACAUUUAUUUUCGAGGAAGUAGCCAAGACGAUCGAGGUUCAUCAGCCGUUGAUCGAGACCCACUACGGUCCCGAGUACGUUUUGAAGUUCUUGUCGCAUUUGCAAAUGCACUGCGACACGUUCAGCGACAUCAUGCUGCGGACGUUUCUCAAGACGCGCAAGAUCAAAGAACUGCUGAAGACCAUGUGGGACGAAUCGGACGCGGGCGCCGCGGUGAAGCCCGACUCCAAGGACAUUGAUCUGCUCGUGGAGGAGAUCGUGAUGAUCCUGGCGCGGUACGAUCUGUACGAGCAGUUCGUGUGCAAGCGGACGGUGAACGCGGACAGCGCGGAACCGAAAUCGCGGACCGUCAAAACCGUGCUGGACAACAGCCGGCUGUGCUGUUGCAUACAGGAGAUGAUGGGCAAGUACCUGGAGUUGGAGCGGUACUACAUGGAGGAGAGCAUCAGGAAGGCGGUGCUGAUGGACACGAUCGAAGGCGACGGCGGGGACGCGGCGCUCACGUCGAGCAUGGUGGACGACGUGUUCUUCAUCGUGCGCAAGUGCGUGAUGCGCUCGCUGCGGUCCGGCAGCCUGGACGUGCUGUGCGCCGUCAUCAACAACGCGGUCAACGCCCUGGAGGCGGACCUGUGCGCGGUGUUCGCGCAGGUGCUGGGCGCCGGUUACCCGGGGUCCGGUUACUUCAACCGGUUCACGCCCGACCUGGACAAGGUGCGGCGGACGUUCCUGGCGGCGCUGAACAGCACCGAGGUGGCGGUCGAGUACUCCAAGUCGCUGUCGCAAGCGUUCCGGGACGAGGUGCCGGCCAGGCUGCGCGGCUGUCACGCGGAGAAGCUGGACAGCUGCCUGCACGACUUCGGCCGGGUGAACGCGUCCCUGGUGGCGGCCAACCGGACCGGGUUCAGGCAGCUGCAGAGCUCGCUGGUCGAGCCCAAGACGCUGGGGUGGAUGGAACCGUUCUACGAGCAGAACUUCACGCUCGACGAACCGGAAUUCGCGCAGACCGUGGCCGACAACCCGUUCGUGGUGGCGCUGGUGCGGAACAUCGACGUCACGCUGGCCGAGUUCCGCGCCCGGCUGACGCCCAACAACUACAACAUGCUGGUGGUGGCCGUGGCCGCGGAGACGGCCGCGCAGCUGGAGCGGGCCGUGAUGAAGACCGAGUUCAACCGGCUGGGCGGCAUGGCGCUGGACAAGGUGGUCCGGACGCUGAUCAACUACUUCGGCGGGGCCAGCGCCUGGCCGGUUCGCGAGAAGUUCGCCAGGCUGGUGCAGGUCACCACCGUGCUCAACCUGGAACGGGCGUCCGAUCUGAACGAGUUCUCCAACCCGGACAGUGGCAUGCGGUUCUCGUGGAAGCUGACGCCCGACUGCAUACGGCAGAUACUCAGGCUCCGGGCGGACUUUCGGGAAGACGAAAUCCGAAAAGUUCAACUUUGAGACCGUGCAGCCCCGCGACCUUUACGAGGCUUCCGAUUGAAACCCAUCACCAUUUCCGGUGUGACGACCUAAUGAGUAAUUAAAAUAAAAUAAAAAUUAUUUACCUAUCUACGUUAUAACCGAAGCCUACGUUACAUAUAAUAUUAUAUAGGUACUGGCAUACCGCACUUGUGUUAAUGUCGGAAAAGAAGGUAUAUAUAUAUAGGUACUAUAACUUGUUUAUUUAUUAUUAUUAUUAUGUGUCUGUCGGCCCCGUAACGCCGUUUUUUUUGUAAUAAUGGGGAGUUUUUUUUUUUUUUUAAUUCAAUUUGUGCAGUCGGGUAGUACCUAUUGUCAGGUUCCCUAUAUAAAAAACGCCAUCGUAUUAUUAUUGUAUAAAAUACCCAUGUUUGUAUUGCGAAUGUACUAGUAAUAUUAUUAUAUUAUUAUUGGAUUUAAAAUAAGCACUAUUUAUACCUACUUACUGUAUGUUGCUUGUAUUUCAAAUUUAUUUUAUACCUAUAUACAUAAUUGUUAUAGGAUUUUGUUUUCCGUUUUUUUUUUUUUUUUUGUUAACGCACGCUUUGUUAUGUUUUAAUAUUUAUUACCUAUAUGUGAUUUAUUAUUUAUUGAUUUUUAUUGAUUUAAGAAUAAAUAGUCAAUACAUAUAAUA